UGAUCGGAGGCGCCGUGCCACAGCUCGUUUCCUGGAACGUUUUUCCACUUGUGUUAAAGCCCGCUGGUGUUCCGAGGCACAUUAACAAGCUAGAACGGAGGGGAACCACUCAGGAUGGAGUUAGAAUUUAAGGAUGCCUUUUGGGGAGGGAACUUCAAUAGCAACCUUGGCUAUGAGGCCAUCAUCCAGAGACUAAACGAUGGUCGGCGGACGUGCAAAGACAUGGAGGAGCUGUUCAAAAUGAGGGCAUCCGCCGAGGAGAAAUACGGCAAAGAGCUGGUGGCCAUCUCACGCAAGGUUGGGGGGUUCUAUGAAAUCUGUACACUGAGAACGUCCAUUGAUGAAAUGAAAACGCAAAUGGAAAUGAUAGGCAACUUGCACAUUCAUCUGUCCGGCCUCUUAAAGGAGGAGGCGAAAAGGAUCGAGCAGUUUAGAGAGAAGCAGAAAGAGCAGAGAAAAAGGCUUGAAUUCAUCAUAGAGAAGGUCCAGAAGAACAAAGUAUCAUUCUACAAGAAAACGAUAGACUCUGAAAGACACUACGAGCAACGCUGCAGGGAGGCUGACGAGGCAGAGCAAACGGCUGACAAGAUGAGAAACGCUUCCACAGCCACACCCAAGCAGAUUGAGAAGCUGAGCAACAAAUCUAAAAUGUGCAGGGAAGCUGCAGAGGAGGCGGAGAGACAGUACAAAUCCAACAUUGAUCAGCUGGACCAGAUCCGUCAAGAAUGGGAAUUAACACACAGCAACACGUGUGAGGUGUUUCAACAACAGGAAACGGAGCGCCUGAAGGCCAUGAGGAACGGCUUGUGGCAGCAUUGUAACCAUUUGUCCACGCAAUGCGUGAAGGCCGAUGAGUGUUAUGAAGGGGUGAGGCAAAUCUUGGAGAAGUGUGACAUUAUCGCUGACAUGAACAGCUUUGUGGGGAUUAAAGGCACCGGCACCAAUCGUCCCGCUCCCAUCGAAUACCAAAACUACUACGAGAGGGAUGCCACAGAAGUCCGAAAUGGAAGCAUGGGACUCGUAGGCGGCGUGAUGAAAAAGUUUUCAACUCUCCUUCAAGGGAACUCUUUGGCUGGCUCCAGUCUGAGCGUUCAUAAAGAUCCUAUUGCAGACGGUGGAGCGACGAUUAACUCCACAGACGACUAUGAAGAUGUCUACAGCGACCCCCUCAAGAUUCAAGGCCCCCAAACGAGCGAGCAGUACAAGGCGAUGUACGAGUACGUGGCCCAGCGAGCCGACGAGCUCUCCAUGUCUGUUGGGGACGCCGUGCUCGUCAUUGAACGGGGCCAAGACGGCUGGUGGAUGGUGCGGCUGUAUGGCCAAACGGGACUGGUGCCGGGAUCUUACCUUGCCAAAGAAUGAGUUUGGACAACGCAACUAGAACGACUUGUCAGUAAUUAUUUGUGAAUAAUGUAAUUUUAUUUCUCACAUGUACAGCAUUAAAACUUUAAAUCAUACCAUAUUCAUAGUGUUUAACUUGGCAGAGCCUUCCUAAUAGAAAGUAUCCUGACAUUAUCUUGUAAAAAUACCAGCUGCCCUUUCGUAAAAGCCUACAGUAUCAUUUCUCUGAAAUUUCUAAAACGUAUAACGCUAUCACCCAAGUCACUGCACUCCUUUCCAAGCUCAUUACAAGUCGCUACAAAUCGUCAAUCAGUAGAAAGCGUAAGGAUAAAUACAACACAAUUCAAAAACGUAACUUAUGCAUGGAGAUGAGGAUCGUAAAACAGUCUGGAACCAACAUGAGACAGUAGUGUAGCAAUUCUACAUGGGAAAAUGAAGCUUCAAAUUUGAUUCAUAAACCAGUUGCAUUUCUUUACUCCUCUAGAUGGCGCUGUUGGUUUGAAUAAGAAAUCAGUGUCCAUGUUGAACAGACAGUGCCACCUAGAGGACUGAAG